AUGGAUGGACGCCGCUACAAUGUAAUGACAACAAAUAUUGCAGAGUCAAUAAACUCAGUCCUUCGGUUUGCAAGAAUGCUGCCAAUGGUUCAUUUGAUAGGGGAAAUUAUUAACCUCCUUGUGAAAUGGUUCACCGAACGUCGUGAACUAGCUUUGAAUUGCACAACAACAUUGUGCCCCAAUUUUUUAGAGAAGAAGUUGAGGAAUAGGUUGGAUGAUGCUGCAAGGAUGAAUGUUGUUAAACUAAAUAAUGUACAAUUUAAUGUUUUGGACGGUGAUAUGGAUGGCCUCGUAGAUUUGACGAACAACAGUUGUAGUUGUAGAAAGUUUCAGCUUGAGCAGCUACCUUGCAAGCAUCCUCACGGAAUGUGGGUUAUUCCUGAAGAUGUUCGAAGUCGAGUUGUGCCGCCUCCCAUGACAAAGGUCAUGCCAGGCAGACGGAAAAAGCUAAGAAUUCCCUCGAAAGGAGAGGGCACCAUUACAAGAAAGUACUCAAGGUGCAGUUCCACAUGCCACAAUAAAAUCACAUUUGCUGAAGGAGCAUUACGAUUGUUAACCCAACAAAUUGCUCAUGUCUUGCCAAGAACACCCUCGAAUCUCGCGGCCUGGUGCUCCGGGCCUAGGGGAUGCGCGUCAACAUGUGACGUCCUUCUUUUGGAUGCGGUGCGGUUGUGCGCGGGCGUGCCAGCACGGUCUACCGUGCGUUGA